AUGAAUUCUUAUUAUAGGAAUAACACAAGUCGGCAUAUUCUACGUAUUGUGGCAGUGGAUUUAGGCCCACAAAAUAACAGGGAUAAAAAUAGAGAGGAGUUUAUUGUUCAGAUGGGAAAGACAAAGUAUUCUUUAACAAAUUUUUUGCAAAUUAUUACUCUUGAAAGAGAUACUCCUUAUAUCAAUGAUUUACGUUAUAAUAUUAUUAGUGAAUUGGAAGCAUUCGAGCUACUCAAGAAGAGCAACACUGAGGGGAAAAAAAUGAAAGAAGGUCUCAUUAAAAGGAGAAUAAAGAAAAGCUUACAAUCAAAGCAGAAAUUUAUGAGAAGAAUUAUAGCAUUUCAUAUUGUUAAAUGUGUAGAAACUGUGAUAGAUAUUUUAGAUAAGCGAGACAUGGAGAAUUGUCGAGUACAUCACUUGAAAUCCGUUACUGACACCGUUAAUGCUUAUAGAUACAAGUCUCUUUUUCUCCUCCUCCCUCCCAACUACUUACUAUUUCUAAAUCUAAUUAAAGAACGUUGGUUAAAAACCAAAAGUAAGGUAAGAAAAAGCCCUUUGGAGACUGAAUAUGAAUCAACGAAUUCUUAUAUCAUUGAAGCAUGGUUGAUGGUGGCAACAGUCGACAACUGUUGUGUUGACUGGACCGAAUUUACAGAAUCUUGCUGGGAUAGACGUCGGCAGAAAGAAGAAGAUUUCUAA